CCACCGGGUCCUCGAUUCGGCACUAUUUAGCUCCCCAUUCUGCCCACUUUCCUUGGAAGUGGGCAGAAUCCGGGACGGGUGCCCACUCUUCCAGGGCUUCGGGGUACUACCCGAGAAACAGGGUGUCUCCCGCAGAAUCCGGGAGAGUAGGCAAGUCUGCUGCAGACACAUAAGGAAGUGCUUCUUACCCUGCUAAAUCCCUGAUUCCUGAUCUCCAGUGCUCAAACCAGCCGCCUCUGCCAGACUCACCGCAGCCCCUUACCUCAAGCGGGGACCGGACACCCACCGCCGCAGCACCGCCAUGACCCGAACAGGGAGACCCCGGGACCCAGCGCCAAUGAUACAUUGAGGGUCCAGUCUCCAUGAUGGGGGGCUCAGCUCUUUUUAUGACCACCCUCCUGGGACUCCUGGCUCUGGUUUCCUCAUCACUGAAUGAAACGUCCAUCUGUAAGCCGGCCCCUCAUUGGAGUAUUGGUUCCGAGGUGCCCAUGGGAAAGUCCUACGGCCAAGUCACGGUCGUGGCUCUUCUUCAGGCAAGUUGCGGCUUUUGCCUUAUCCAGGCCGCCAAUAUGGGGCCCUUGCGUGACAAGCUGACCAGCCAGGGACUCACAAACAUCAGUUACAUGAUUGUAAACGACCAGAGUUCUUUUUCAAAGUUGCUGUUUGAAGAGUUGAAGAGAAGGGCUCCAGAGGGCGUGCCGGUGUACCAGCAACUGCCAAAGCAGGACGACGUGUGGGAUAUUCUUGAUGGAAAUAAGGACGACUUCCUGAUUUAUGACAGAUGCGGCCGUCUCACCUUUCAUAUCCGACUACCUCACAGCAUCCUCCACUUUCCCUACGUGUAUGCCGCCAUUCACCAAACCUAUUAUGAAGACUCGUGUCAAAAUUGCAGCUUUUAUGCAAACAUCACCAAUAACGCAACGAAAAACGCCACUGUCGAUAAUUCUACGGAUGGGAAAACUGAACAAGAGUCGAGUCAUAAAAAGACCCAAAACUCUGGUGAGAGUCAUGACCACAGCAAUCACAGCGGGGGCCGCGAAGAACGUGACCAUAAAUCUCAUCCUGCAACCAACAGGAAGGGGGAGAACCAGCAAAAACAUCAUCCAAUCAACAAUAACGGGCCACAAAAUGUCAUCAACCAUAAUGGAUCAUAAACUCAAUGAUACAAAAUGUAAGAGACCAGAAAUCUCACUAUCUGGUCAACCGUAUUGGACCAUAAACUCCAUUAUAGACACAGUA